CGGGCGACCUCAUCGUGAUCUCCGCCGACUUCUUGCCGAAGCGUGGGUUCGGAGGGUUGAACUCUGACCGAUGGGCCUCGCUCAGGGCCUGCUUGGCCUCGGCCUCAUACCCGUGGCUACUAGUUGCUGACUGGGGCCUCACCCCGACUAUCCUGUCGGACAGCCCCUUCUGGAACUAUGUCGGUGGUGAGAUGGUCCUGCCCGACAUCCAGGCCGCCUCUGGCGACGGAACUGGCUCGCUGAUUGACUGCGUGGUCGCUGCCGGGUCGGUGGCCAAGCUGGUCGCGGUCAAGGGCGCCCUUGCCCUUCCAGCUGACCAUCAGGAAACCUUUCCAGACCUGCAUCAACUUCCAGAUCUUCUGGCCUCGCCUGGCGACGACUUCGCCGUCGGCUUCGGGCGCUGGAACGACGGCUUCCCCGUGGGCGAGGAGCUGUGCACCUUCGAUGCGGAGAUGCGCAUGACCCACGGCGCUCCGAUUGGUGGCUGGGCCCUUGAGGGGAAUGAUGACAUCUUCCAGUCCUACAGCAAGUGGGUUGACCAGGCCGAGCAGGCGCUCCUCGACCCCAGUCUGACGGCCCAGCGCCGCCUCGACCAGCGCCCCGACCUCCAGGAGCGCGCCAGGGUGGCCCUCGACCGCAUCGCCGUGCUCUUCGAGGGGAUCGACCGCCUCGCCAGCGAGCAGCUCGUCCACGGCCUCACGCAGGUCGUGGUCGGUAUGGGGGCGGUGGCAGCGUGUGAGGUUGGCCGUGGCAUCGGGAAGGCCCGCAAGGCCUUCGCCGACUGGGCGCGCCGCAUGUGGCGCACGUCACCCGAGGCGCUUCACCGCCAUGUUCGUGAUCCUGUUGCACCUCGGCCAGAAGAUGCCAGUGUGGAGGUCUCUGCUUCGUCCUUUGCGGCCAAUGCGGUCGCCGGCCCGGUCGCCACCAUUGACGCAAUGGCAGCGAGGUGGGGCAAGAUUUGGACGGGUGCAGUUGGCACUCCCGAGUGCAUCGUGCAGGCGCUUGGGCGCAUCCGUCAGAUGGCAGCUAAGGAGGAUACCCCUCCGUUGCAGGUUGCGCAGCUUCAGUCUUGCAACCACGUCACGGGCAACGAGAAGGCGCGUGGAGUCGGCGCUUCUGGAUGCGGGGUGGGAUCCUACGUCUGCUGGUGUUUGGAUCCGCCCCGGCUAGCAAGCGCGACGCUGGCGAUGGUCUCGAUCGAGGGUGGCGGCGACUUCCUUCGCAUCAAGAGGGGGCUCAAGCGCCGUCAGCCCAGCGGCCAGUGCGACGAGCGCGGCUUGACGCCCGCGGUGGUUGCAGGCGGGCAUUGGGCCCGUGCUCGGCGGCGCCUCUGCGGCUGCAAGAUCGGGUCGACGACCUACCCGCGCUGCAAGGAGCAUCCUGAGACGUUGUUCCGCAGGAAGUGGUCUUGCGAGUGCAACCGUGACCACGGCGACUACGAUGGGGCCUCCUCGCUGUUCACGGCGGCGCUGGCGCAGCACUGCAGGGGGGG